CUUUCACGGCUAUGCUCUGUAGCUGCAAUACUUACUUCGUACAUAGGAGUCAGGUGGUGCUUGGCUAAGGUGUACUGUACUUGGGUAUUUGUGCUGUGCAGAUGACAUUAAUCAAGUGUGGUGGGUGCUUGGCAAUCGGCACCGCCAGUAGGCGCGGGAUGUGUAUUCCGCCAGAGGUACCCGCAAGUACCCCGAGGCAUACGAACUACAGCCAUGACUGCAGACAUUGUCAACAUUGCUUGUCUGGUGUCACACUCGACUAAAUAUCCAGAAGUAUCUCGGACAAUAAGACAUAGUCAAGCAAGAAGGCCUGGAGAUGCAGUGCAGUCCUCGCCUAUAUUGCACUUACGGCAUUUGAAGCGCAGAAGCAUGGAACAGUGCUGUACGACAAUAUAUCUCAUGGAGAUAGGUGAACGUACCUGCACCAACCCUGCACUUCACGUUCGAAUAGCAGGAAUCUCAUUUCCCAACAGGAAGUGUGCUUGUACCCUCUCCAGCUCGAUUCAAAGUCCCCGGAACGUAUUAUGUAAACAUGAAAGAAUGAUGGGGGGACGAGCAGGCGGAGCAGGAACACCGGGUGACUCAAUGAGCCUUGCGAAUAAGUUAGCACCCGCAACCUACUCCGUGAGGUCGUGUACGAGAUCGUCAGUGGAGAGAAAGUGGCGAAACCGCACUUGAAUACUGCCUGGCAGAAUCAUGGCCAACAAGGCCUGCUGAGCCUCUUGCAAACACCAAGGUGUUGGGCACUGGGCCCAUCUUACUAGGAUUGAAACACC